AUGGAAGAAUUCGAUCGAGUUCCCAUUGACAUUCAAUCUACCAACAACCCCAGUUUGAGUCCCAGCAGUAGUAGCAAUGGUCAUACAUUGACCAUAUCUCUUGGAAUGACACAGUAUUGGACUCCUCACUUUGGGUUUGACACGAGGUCUAGUUCCGUCGUUACAGCACGUGACGGGACAAAAAUUCAAAAGCAAAUCGUUUGCAACAGAGAAGGAUUUAAGAAUACAGGAGCUCAACAUUGUCACUCGCAGUCAAGUGCAGAUGCAGGGGAAGGUCCUUCCCGUCCAAAGCGGCGAAGGGUUUCAAACAGAACUGGUUGCAGAGCUAGGAUUAUGUUUAAGUACAUUGGAGCAGCUGGGUACCAAGUUACAACUUUUAUUGAAAAACAUAAUCACAGCAUGUCUUCGGUUCUGGCAAGGCAGUUUCUAAAGGGAAAUAGAAACAUCUCCAGUGUUCACCAGAAGUUUAUACUCGAUUGCGCUAAAGCAAAUAUUGGAGCAUCAAAAUCACACGGUUUAUACAGUCAGAUUGUGGGGGAUUACUCUGAAGUUGGAGCAACUGUAGUGGACUUUAAAAAUGUCAGAAGGGAUCUUAGAGCAUACAUAUUGGGAGCUGUUGCACAAAUACUGGUGCAUAAUCUUAUUAAGAAACAAGAGAUGUGCCCUGCAUUUGCUUUUGACUAUGAAGUUGAUGAAGAUGAGCAGAUGAGCAGACUGUUUUGGGCAGAUCCAAUGUCAAAAAAGAAUUUUGCUGCAUUUGGAGAUGUUGUCUCUUUUGAUGCCACGUACUCAACAAACAGGUACGAUCGGGCAAUGGGUAUGGAACCAAGAAUAAUUGUCACCGAUCAAGAUCCAGCUAUGAAAGUGGCGAUUCCAACAGUUUUCAAGCAAGCCAGGCAUCGUUAUUGCAUGUGGCACAUCAUGUGUAAAGUUGGGGAAAAGGUGGGUCCUACACUGAACAAGGAUGAGGAAUUCAGGAACAAACUGAACUCAAUCGUUUGGACGUCAUCUUUGGAACCUCCUGAUUUUGAGAAGCAGUGGAGAGAGCUCAUGGAAAAGUACAACUUAGUCGAGUACAAUUGGUUUACAACUAUGUUUGAGGCUAGAAAGCAUUGGAUCCUAGCGUAUUUUAGAGAUAGCUUUAUGGGGGGUUUUCUUAGAACAACUUCUCGUUCCGAAAGUGAGAACUACACGUACAACCGUUUUACUGGUCCCCAAUCAAGCCUAGUUGAAUUCAUGAUGAACUUUGACAAUGCUCUUAAAUCACAACGUAACACAAAUGCAAAGCUCAACAGUGACAACGAAGGCUACAAUCCAGAUAUGAAGACGCCUCUAGGGAUUGAAAAACACGCUUCAAUCGUCUACACCAUUACUGUUUUCUAUCAAGUUCAGGAAGAAAUAUGUGCCUCCUGUUUCAAAUGUAUGGUGUUGAGUGUUAGAGAAGACGGUGGAAUGUUGCACUAUGAUAUUAUGGAUGGAAAGAACAAAAGAUUUACUGUGGUGCACAAUGUAAAUGACCAUGAGGCCAAAUGCAGUUGCAAGAUGUUUGAGAUGGUUGGACUGUUGUGUAGACACAUAUUUGUGGUCUUUAGAGACCUUGAAAGGAUCCCUCUGAAGUACGUGGUUAAUCGGUGGACUAAGGAUGCAUCUUUAAAAGCUACAUUUGAAAUAGAUGGUGUCAUUUAUGAUCAGAAUGGACCAAAGGAUGAAAAGAAGAUGUUGCUGAACAAAGUGUGGUCUGAUAUACACUGCUGUAUGGAUCUGGCAGGUUCAAACAUGGAGCAAUUGACUGCAUUUUCCCAAGUGAUUAAUGAACAGAAACAACUGCUACUGUCAGGAAAGGAGAAAUUGUCCCCUCAGCACAGCAGGAGAACUGUUAUAGAAUCAUAUUGUGGAUCAACAGAAAUUUCAGAGAUCAACAUACUUCCACCGAAACAGGCAAGGAACAAGGGCAGCGGCAAGCGCAUCAAAAGCAGCAAGGAGUUGGCAAUGGAAAAACAAGAGGGCAUGAAGUGCAAUUUUUGUGGUGUUAGAGGAGAUCACCAUGACACCAGGACUUGCCCACUUAACCCCAAAAAUAAGGACAAGCAAAAGGACAUCUCUUCUGGUUCCGGCAGCAUCCGACACAUCACCAGCCACCCACAAAUGCUCAACUCUCAGCUUUUGGAUGUUGUAUGGAAACUAGAUGAUGAGCUUGAAGCUGAGAAUCACAAAUGA